AUGGUAAAGCGAAAUCACAAGUUCAAAUCUGGCGAGGGGGCCAUGUACUACACGCGCAAGGCCGCUAUGAACAAGCUACAACUGAACAUCAAAGAUUUCCGCCAGUUGUGCAUCCUGAAGGGUGUCUAUCCGCGUGAACCGAAGCACCGUGCCCGUGCACAGCAUGGUUCGCACGAGAUGAAGAUCCUGUAUCACAAGAAGGACAUAACCUUCCUGCUGCACGAACCGAUCGUGUGGACGCUGCGCGAUCGAAAGAUCUUCAACCGGCGCAUCAAGCAUGCGGCCGCCAAACAGAACAUGAACCUGCGUGACAUACGGCUGCAUAACUAUCCGCAGCUGAAACUAGAUCACAUCGUGAAAGAACGCUACCCGACGUUCAUCGACGCAAUUAAAGAGUUGGACGAUUGCAUGACGCUGCUGUUUACGUUUAGCACAUUUCCGGCAACGAAAAUUAUUACCCGCGAAUUGACGCGCAUGAGCCGCCGGUUGACGGUAGAGUUUAUGCACUAUAUCAUUGCCGCCCAGGCCUUGCGGAAAGUGUUCAUUUCGAUCAAGGGGUAUUAUUUUCAGGCGGAAAUUAAGGGCGAAACAGUGACGUGGAUCGUGCCGCACUACUUCCCGUACUCGCCACACCGCGGCGAACUGGUCGAUCUGAGCAUUAUGAAAUCGUUCGGUGACUUUUUCACCGUGAUGGCCGGAUUCAUCAACUAUCGGUUGUACCAUUCGAUAAAUUUAGUUUAUCCGCCCCAGUUUUCACAUUCGCUCGAUUCGGAGGACACGAUGGAAAAUGAGCAGAAGUUCGUUUCGGAGCGCAUUGCAGCGCUGAACGUUGAUUUGUUGCGCUCUGACGGUGGUAAUGGUGAUACGGAGGAGGCUGAAUUGCUCGAAUGGACGGGUAACGAUGAGGACUUGCCGCACGUAAGCCAGAUCCGUCAGGAAGCGCAGAGUGUAAACAAACUGAAAUCAUUGUUUAAGGGGCUUAAGUUCUAUCUGAAUCGUGAGGUGCCCCGUGAACCGUUGGUGUUUAUAAUUCGUUGCUUCGGUGGUAAGGUGUCGUGGGACAAGACCAUGUUCGUGGGCGCAACGUUCGACGAGAACGAUGAAACAAUUACACACCAGAUCGUUGAUCGGCCGAGCAUGGACAAGCAGCACAUUUCGCGUGAUUACAUUCAACCGCAGUGGGUGUUUGAUAGCGUAAACCAGCGACGUUUGCUACCAACGAAUAAAUAUUUCAUCGGUGCCGUGCUGCCACCACAUCUGUCGCCGUUUACCAACAGCAAUGCACGUUACGUACCACCAGAGGAAAUGGCAAUGCGCAAGGGCGAGCAGAAUGAGGAAGAUAAUGAAGUGUUUGCAGCGGCGGAAGUAAAUAUGGAACAGGAGCAAAUUUCGGACGAUGAAGAAGUGUUAGAUCCGGAAGAGGAACAACAGCAGCAAGAGUAUGCACUGAUGAAAGCAUACAACGAUGAGCGAACGGAUGAAUUGAACAGUGGUAAAGAUGAAGCCGACACGAAUGACACGGGGGAGAGUCAGGAGAAGGAAAAGCAAAAAGGAAACGGCAGAGAGAAGAACGCAGAAGGUGAGCAACGCCCGGCAAAGGUGAAUCAGCAAACGAAAAUACCGGAAGGUAUGAGUGUAAAACCAGGCAAAGUGUACAAGGAGCCUGAGCACGAAAAGGCGCUGAGCAAAAACGAGGAAGCGCUGCGGGCACGAAUGGUUAAAUCGAGACACCGCAAACUGUACUCCAAGAUGAUGGAGCGCGAGAAAAAGUUCACCAAGGAAGCGAACAUAUUAGCCGCGAAACGCGCCCGCAUUGAGAAGCAAAAGAAGACCGAACAGCUGGAAAAGCAGAAAAAGCAGCGGAAGAAAAUUCUUUCCUAA